AUGUCAACUUCCGUACCAUCUCUCACUUCGCUACUCAAACGGGCCGAUAUCGAGGACCACGAGGAAGUGUUGAGGGCCGCCGACGCCGCAAUCAAGCAGAACAAGGCAGACGUCGAUGCGCUGCAUGCCAGGAUUGUAGCGCUACUCAAACUUGACCGCUUCGACGAUGCGAUCCGUGCGUUCGAGACGGGUGGGGAUGUAUUGAAGGAGAAGGCACGGUUAGAGUAUGCAUACGCGCUGUACAAGGCUGGUAAGCCAUUGGAAGCGGCACAGCUUGUACACGAAAGCGCAGAAAGGGGUCAUAGACACGUUGCGGCGCAAGCAAGCUACCGUACCGAAGACUUCAAGCGAGCAGCCGAGUUGUAUCAAGAUUUGACAACAACACGUGACAACGAUGCGAUCGCCGACCUACGGAUUAAUGCCGGUGCAGCGGAUGCACAGCUCGAGUGGUCGCACCAGGGAGAACUUGUCCGGAAUAAGAAGCCUGCAAGGGAAGACCUUGAGGCUUUCGAAACAGCGUACAACGCCGCCUGCGGAAGCAUAGCUAGAGGAGAGCUAGGACAAGGAGAAGUCUUAUUGAAGCGAGCCAAAGAUCUCUGUAACGCACUAACGGACCUAAGCGAGGAGGAAAAGCGGAUAGAGCUUUUACCAAUCACUGUACAGCACACAUACGUACUUACCAGACAAGGGCGGACGACCGAAGCUGAGGGGCUGGCGAAGAGUAUUGAUGUGAAUCUGAUACCAGAUUCGAGCACACGCUAUAUUGCACAUGUCAACCAAAUCGCAGCAUCGUCGACGCCGGCAAAUCCUUUCUUGGCACAGCGGCUCCUGUCCAGAGACGCUGGAGUACUCAGAGCCGACAAGCCGUUCACUUUCCAGACCAGUGCUCUUGGCCUGAACAAGUACGCCAUUGACCUGCAGUCGCUCAAGUUUGCAGGCGUGGCAGAGUCAGCGGCUGCAGUCAUUGCAAAGCACCCGGCGCCAACGCUUGAUGCAUACACUAACACUCUGGCCGUGGCCAAUGCUGCCGCGCAUGCCAAGGCCCAGGCUGGCAAGGAAGCACUCAAGCACAUUCUACCCGUAUUGGAGAAGCGUCCGAAUGACGUGGGCCUGAUACUCACAAUUGUUCAGCUGUAUGUAACCACUGGCAACUCUGGCUCAGCAAUCACAUUGCUGCAAAGCUUCCUAGACCGGCUCGAACAGUCGAGUAGUGCAGCUGACAUGGAUGUACGCUUUGCACCAGGACUAGUGGGUACCAUGGUAAGUGUAUAUGGAAGCAGUGGCAGGAGGGAGCCAGUGAGGGUAGAGUAUGCAAAAGCCGCACAGCAUUGGCGACGCAAAUCGAAAGAGCGACCAACGGGUGUUGUACAUCUUUUGAAGGCAGCCGGAGGUGCUCUCCUUGAGUCACCGGAAGCGGAGCAUCGGCACCUUGCGAAAGAGAUCCUCACCGCGCUGCACCACCUAGACAACAACGAUCGCUACGCAGCUGCUGGUCUGCUCGCUGCGUUGCCCGAUACUGCAUCCCCUGGACAGUUGUCCUCGUUGCAACCAGUCGAGCGACUUAUUGCAGGCGUGGAUAUUGAUGCGCUGGAAUCUGCUGGGAUAGCUCAGGCACCCUUGUCCGCUGAUGCUGCUGCACUCAACGCCCGGAAGAGACUGGGUGAGGACAUCAAGCCAAAGAAGCCGAAGCGGCUACGCAAGUCACGACUACCGAAAGACUACGACCCGAAUAAGAAGCCAGAUCCGGAGCGGUGGCUACCGCUACGAGACAGGAGCACUUACCGGCCGAAGGGAAAGAAGGGUAAAGCGAAGCAAAAUCUGUUCAGCCAGGGCGCGGCGCCUGCUGUAGACAGCGACGGCUCAAGGCCAGCGACACCGGGCACACCGGCUGGGGAGGUGGUGAAAGGCAAGCAGCCUGUCGGCAGUGGAGGGGCGAAGAAGAAGAAAGCCAAAGGGAAGAAGUAA